GCCCCUUAUUUUUCUCGAAUAUUCUUCCACAUAGUAGCCGCCUAGAAACUUCGCCGUCUCGCCUUUGAACACACGCUUUGAGCCAAACACCUCCCCUCCUCCCUCCCUCCCCCUAUAUUUUUUCUCUUCAACUUUCUACGCCUCGGAAAGAAAAUUGAGUACAAAGGCUAAAAGCUAAUCGGUUGAGAUAUGGCGUCGUUCGAUCAAGCUCCGCCAGGGGAUCCUAAGGUAGGGGAGAAGAUCUUCAAGACCAAGUGCGCUCAGUGCCACACCGUCGAGAAAGGCGCCGGCCACAAGCAAGGGCCCAAUCUGAAUGGCCUGUUUGGACGGCAGUCUGGUACAACUGCUGGGUACUCUUACUCUACUGCCAACAAGAACAUGGCUGUGAUUUGGGAGGAAAAGACUUUAUAUGAUUACUUGCUGAACCCCAAGAAGUACAUUCCUGGGACUAAGAUGGUAUUCCCCGGACUGAAGAAGCCACAGGAACGUGCAGACCUCAUUUCAUAUUUGAAGGCAUCAACUGCAUCCUAAAUACUUCCCCGACUUUAGUUGGACAGAUCCAUUUUGCAGUUGUUGGAGAUUGUUUCACACAAUGCGGAUGAAGUACUAUUUUUUUACCAAUAAAUUAGACCAACUAGGUCUGCAAUGGUCUUUUGUUAAUUGAUCAUUGCAUCUCAAGAGGUUGCCGUAAUUUUGCAAAUGCAACAGCAAUUCAAUUAACCGUUCGUGACAAUAUCAUGAAUAUUUGGAUGGAGAAGCAUUUUGCUUCUAAUGAUAAUUUUGAUUGGUUUCUUAA